AUGAGCGAAGAUGCGGUAUUUUUCCAACAAGCAGCUGAGGCCAUUGUAGCUACAAGCCUGAAAAGUGCAAAUGUCGACCCAACAAUCAGGGAACUACUGAACAGAAUAAAGUACGUUGACCCCAACAAGACCAGGGCACAGGUCCCACCUCAAAUAAUGUCAGAAAACAAGUCUGUUCUAAAUUACUUUGAUCAGUUGCUAAAUAACGUCGAAAGUCUAUCGGGAACAGAAAGUGCCCCGCAAGGAGAAAAGCCUGGAUCGAAAAAGAGGAGGAGAUCUGAAGGCCCGGAGAAUUCUGGUAAGGAUGACCUAAAGGUUAACACAUCGGUGGAGGACGAUGCAGGAGCCAAAAAAUUCCCCUGUGGUAAAUGCGAUCUGGUGUUUCGACGCUCAAGCGACCUCAGAAGGCAUGAAAGAGCACAUCUCCCGAUAUUACCCAAUAUUUGUUCUUUGUGCGGAAAAGGUUUUGCGCGCAAGGACGCGUUAAAGAGGCACUUUGACACCCUGACAUGCAAAAGGAAUCGUGAAAAGCUGUUAAGCAUCGGGGGAGAUAUAAACGAAAUUCUUGAAAAGGCGAGACUAAAUGGUGCUAACGUAUGA